CCAUUACUAAAUACACAUAAAAAUUCAUAAGCUGUCAUACACUGAGUGAAUCAAAAUGGGUUGUAUGUUGAGAAGUGACCCUAUGUCACUUUUUGAUAUGUAUGUCCAACCCGAGGCAGCAUUUGAAACGAUGUGUUAUCUUGGAAACUUGGGCUGUUGUCAGUUCUUGGAUAUGAACCCCGAUGUGCAGCCCUUUCAGAAAAAUUACGUAUCGGAAAUGUGCCGUUGCGCUGAAAUGGAAAGGAAACUGACGUUUAUAGAAAGCGAAAUAUUAAAAGAUAACAUUCACAUAACUCACUUGAAAACCGACCCUAAACCGUUGCAGCCAAAUGAGAUGGUUACUUAUGAGAAUAUGUUGGAAAAAUGGGAAAACGAUAUCGUGGAAAUGGCAACAAAUGAAGCUAACCUUAUGAAGAACUACAUUGAGAUGUCAGAAAUGUACUAUGUUUUAGAACACAUCGGCCCUAUGUUAGGAGAUACUGAGUUAAGACGAGAAUCUAUUUUAUUUAAAAAAGUAACAACCAGCAGUGGUGGUGAUAUUGGCCUCGGGGGCCAAUUGAUGAUCAUUACAGGUGUGGUGAGACGUAAAAUAUGCUUUAACCUUGAAAUGAUGUUGUGGAGAAUCUCUCGUGGAAAUAUUUACUAUAAACAGGCAACUUAUGAUAAAAUUUUCAGACAACCUAAUUCGAUUAAAGAAAUUAGAAAAGUUGCAUUUUUAGCCAUCUGCCAAGGAGAAGAGCUAAAACGCCGAAUGGAAAAAAUCUGUAACGGUUUUCGUGUCAACCUUUACCCUUGUCCUAAAACUUAUGAAGAAAGAACGGAUAUGCUUAACAAAUUGGGCACUAGACUCCUAGACAUAAAACAGGUAUUGAAAAAAACUGCCUUCCAUCGAUGUAAAACUUUGAGAACAAUUGCUCGUCAGAUUCGUCCUUUGACGGUGCAAGUAAAAAAAGCCAAAGCCAUUUAUCAUAAUUUGAAUUUUUUUAAUAUGGACAUUACAAAAAAAUGUCUCAUUGGUCAAUGUUGGAUAGCAGAUCGAGAUGCGACUCAAGUUCAUGAAGGAUUAGAAACAUGCUCCCAAAUGGUCGGUACAAACGUAUAUUCGUUCAUGUCAAAGAGAGACACUGACGCAGUGCCUCCAACAUUUCAUCGCACCAAUAGGUUCACGAAAGGAUUUCAAGCGCUAAUAAAUGCUUAUGGCGAUUCUACAUAUAGGGAACUGAAUCCAGGACUUUAUACCAUAAUCACAUUUCCUUUUUUGUUUUCUUUGAUGUUUGGAGAUAUAUGUCAUGGUAUAAUAUUGGUAGUUUUUGGACUUUGGAUGAUAUUCAAUGAAAAAAAGUUUAUAGCGCAAAGAUCAACAAAUGAAAUUUGGAAUAUAUUUUUCGGAGGACGUUACGUGAUUAUGUUGAUGGGAGUGUUUUCAAUGUACGCUGGAUUCAUAUACAACGACUGGUUUUCAAGAGCCAUAAUACUUAUGGACCCAUAUUGGAUCAACAAUUUAAGCUUAGAACAAAUUGCAGCAAGUUCAACAAUUCAACUGGAUCCUAAAGAUGAGACGGGACCAGUUUACAUGUUCGGUAUAGAUCCAAUUUGGACACUAGCUAAAAACAAGAUAAUGAUUGAGAACUCUAUCAAAAUGAAGCUGUCCAUAAUAAUUGGAAUUGUUCAUAUGAUGUUUGGUAUUUUUCUCAGCUUAUUCAAUUAUACAUAUUUUAAACGCAAGUAUGCAAUAUAUUUGCAAUUCAUACCGGAAAUACUAUUUCUAGUGUGUCUUUUCCUCUGGUUAGUUAUUAUGAUUUACUUCAAGUGGUUCACAUAUAGUGGUAAAUCACGAGAUCUUUUAACGAGCGCAGGAUGUGCACCACAAAUCCUAAUUCUCUUUAUUGACAUGGUGCUGUUAAGUACAACUAAACCAGUCGAGGAGGACUGUGAAGCAUACAUGUUUAAAAGUCAACAGACUGUACAGAAAAUUUUGCUGGUUAUAGCCCUACUAUGCGUACCUGUAAUGUUAUUCGGCCAACCUAUUUAUCUUUACACUUUUAAUAAAAGAAAAAGAAGAGAUACUGUGAGGGAUUCUGAUAAGCAGUCUGAUCAAGGAAUUGUAGCACAAGCGAAUAAUUACCAUGUGAAUUUCGGGGAACUCAUGAUACACCAGGGCGUACACACUAUCGAGUACGUUCUAAGUACAAUAUCGCAUACAGCCUCGUAUCUGCGACUGUGGGCGUUAUCCCUCGCUCACGCACAACUAUCUGAAAUGUUAUGGUCGAUGAUUUUUGUAAAACUGGCAUUGAGUGACCACACUAUAAUUGGUUCUGUAAAAGUUUUCAUUAUAUUCGCUAUUUGGGCCGUAUUUACUGUUUCUAUAUUGGUGGUGAUGGAAGGAUUAUCGGCAUUUCUUCAUACUCUUAGAUUGCAUUGGGUUGAAUUUAUGAGUAAAUUUUAUUCUGGAGGUGGAUGGGUAUUUCAGCCAUUUUCUUUCAAGGGUAUACUAGUUGGAGAGGAGGAUAAAAUUAACGCUGUUUGCAAGAAAAGACAAAAAUAUCUUCAGGAAUAACCAACACCUAUUACAUGUAUGACCCAUUCAAUGAUGGCAAU